UUCGUCGUUGCAAGUUGUUCCUUUAGAUACAAAACAAAGAAAAAAAUUCAAAUCGUGUCUCUUAAAAAAACGUUAACUAACGCGUAACGGUUUCUUAAAUUUGAAAAUAAUUAAAUUUUAAAAAAAUUUAAAAAAUAUCAAAAAUUACAAAAGAAAUUUAAGAAAAAUUUUAAAAAGAAUUUAAAAGUUAACUUAAAGCACAAAAUAUUUUAUAUUAUAACAAAUAUUAAUAAAAAAAUAAAACCAAUUUAAGAAAAAAAAUAAUAUUAAGGAUACACGACCAAAUAAUUAUGGAAUACAAUUUAUCAAUAAGAAACACACAAAUUACAAAUUAUGAAACGUAGAAAAAAUCAAUUUGUAUAUAAAAACCAAAAACAACAACAAGAACAAAAGCAACCUGCUAAAGGAGUCAUGUCAUGGGAUUGCUAUAUAAAAGUUCCAAACUCUUGAAAAUAAUUCUGGAUUCCCUGGAAGAUCAAGAGGGUGGAGCUAUGUACAUAUCGUGCGAUGUCUCAAAUGGAGGUCCUGUGGAACCUGAAACGGGAUAUGUUCCCAAUAAUCCAUUAUUCGGUUUGGCGUUGGAUAGUCCGCAGCAAGAGUGUGCUGCAGCGUCGUGUAUUGGUUGUUUGUCGUGUCAAGGCAAUACAGUAUUACCGCUAUCCUCAUUGCCGAACAACGAUUUCGAUUGUGGUUCCUGUUUCGAUCCAAUUGUUGUCGGUGAUCUCGGUGGAUCUGCACAAAAUAAUUCACAAGUUAUACACAAUAACACUGGCAGUAGUGGAAAUACUUGUGCAUCAAAUUAUUGGUCCACCGAUGAAAUGGCGUCAACAUUUCCAGGCUUGCCACCAUUAGACAUUGAUCCCUUACCCAGUCUCUUUCCCUUUUCACCGUGUGGUGCAUCAUAUAAUUUCUCAGCCAAUCCCCAUCAAGCUUCACUCUCGUAUACCGUACAUCCGCAUCAAAUGUUAGUAUCACCCAGUAGUCACCAGCAUCAACACCAGCACCAACAUCAGCAUCAGUCAGGAGUAGCAACGUCAUCAGCGUCGGCGUCAUCGUUGUCGUCGUCCAUUGUCGGAGGCCAGCAAUCGUUAUCGCACAGUAAUGCGUUGAAUAAUGUUGCAACGCAGUCAUGUUACUAUGAUCCCAUAAAUACAUCGACGUCAGUAGCGGGAAAUGUCACGGGCAAUUCGUGUAGUUCUCAGCAUAUGAGUGCAUCAGCAACAGGAGCAGGUGCUGCAGCCAUGUAUCCCAGUAUGAGUGUUAAUGUUAGUAUGAACAUGACAAUGCAUGGUUAUGGGGCUGCUGAUGCUACAAUGCCCAUGCAAUGUUCACAAAUGCAAUGGACUCCCACGAAUUCUUCCUCAGCGGUGAAUGUCCUAUAUCCACCCUUACUUAGUCCUUCACAUUACCCAGCCGCUGCCACCUAUUCGUUUACAGCUGAUUUUCGUGCUCCAUCACUGCAAUCAAAUCAAAAUUCCUCAGCCCUACUACCCUCCCUCAACGAGGCCCUCGAAAAAGACACAACACCACCACCAGCACCCCUCAUGGAUGCUGUAACACCAAAAAGUUUCUAUACAAGCACACAAGUGGGUCAAAGCUAUUCACCACCCACUAAAAGUCCAACUCUAUUCACACAAAUGCGUGACACAAAACCAUUCAACCAAAUUUCAGGACCCUCAUCCAAUUCCGGCGUUGCCAGUGGCUACGAAGACGAGGACAGCAAUGAAGAGGGUUCGGAUAGCAAACCGAAUCUCUGUCGUCUGUGUGGCAAAACUUAUGCCAGACCCAGUACGCUUAAGACUCAUUUAAGAACGCAUUCGGGCGAAAGGCCCUACCGCUGUCCCGAUUGUAAUAAGAGUUUUUCGCAGGCCGCCAAUCUAACAGCUCAUGUACGCACACAUACUGGUCAGAAGCCGUUUCGUUGUCCCAUUUGUGAUAGACGUUUCUCACAAAGUUCCAGUGUCACUACGCACAUGAGAACCCAUUCGGGUGAGCGUCCAUAUCGUUGUUCAGCGUGCAAAAAAUCAUUUUCCGACAGUUCAACACUGACGAAACAUUUGCGAAUUCACAGCGGCGAGAAACCGUAUCAGUGUAAAUUGUGUUUAUUAAGAUUUUCCCAAUCGGGCAAUUUAAAUCGACACAUGCGCGUACAUUCGACCAACAAUAAUGGCAGCAAUCUGUUGACGUGACAAAAACAACGCAGUGGAGGUGGCUUUCAACAAUAUCAUCCCCACAACCUUACACACAACCAUGCCUAUGCAGCAGCACACCAUCAUCAUCACCAUCAUCAUGCGGCCGUUGCCGCCGCACAUCCAACACAUUCCUUUAAUGCCAGUAAUUAUGGCGA